AGAAGAGGAGGGAACACAGGAUGCUGAGAACUGCUCUCUCUGGCUUAACGGAAGGUUGCUGCUAUGUCCACAUUGUGCUGUUGGACUGCUGCAUCUUGCUAAGGAUUCGCUAACUCGAACUGUGCUUGGAAUUUGGGAUAGCAGUUGGUAACAGCAUCCAGUUGGAGUUCAGCUUUGGAAGACUGUCCUUUUUUACGUCCACUGGUUUUGAGUGACGCCGCCUUUAUGGGAUCUAGUUUUGUUUCUGCUUGCAUCAUCAUAAAAGUGCUCUCCUUCUGUGGAAUUAGCAUUAGCAUGUCGCUGUAGCCAAAGCGAGACCUAGUGCCUCGUUCAACUUUUUAAAAGGCUUUCUUUGCCAAGUAUUUUCAGGAGCACUUUCUGCAUUUAAAUUUCAUCUGUCUCCAAGCUUGUCAAGAACAGAACUGCCUGUCCAUUUUUGAACGAAACCAGAGGAGGCUAAUUUCAUAAUUGUUCUGCUUUGAAGGCCCAUCACCAGAAGUGAAGAUGCUGAACCAGGGGGCUGUGAUGAUCUUCACAGGGAUCUGUGGGGCGUUAGUGGUCAUGGCAGUGGCCUACUACGCCUACUGGUCGGUGGUACUAAGUGAAGGGCCGUGUAAAAGAGGGUUGUAGAGACGAACCCGCUGUGGAGUGUGUGUGUGUGUGUGUGUGUGUGGAAGGGCUCUCAGUCAUGGGUGUGGUGGCGUGGCUGAAGAGCCUGUUCGUCCUGCAGCUCUUGAUUGGCUUUGUGUUCGUGGUGAGCGGCCUCAUUAUCAACUUCAUCCAGCUGUGUACCUGUGUGCUGUGGCCCAUCAACAAACAGCUGUACCGCAAGAUCAACACCAGACUCUCCUACUCGCUAUGGAGCCAGCUGGUGAUGCUGUUAGAAUGGUGGUCUGGCACAGAGUGCACGCUGUACACCGAUCAGGCCACGGUGGAUAAGUUCGGUAAAGAGCACGUCAUCAUCAUCCUCAACCAUAACUAUGAGAUCGACUUCCUGUGUGGCUGGACCAUGUGUGAGAGAUACGGCGUACUGGGGAGUUCUAAGGUUCUGGCUAAACACGAACUGCUGAAAGUUCCUCUGAUCGGCUGGACGUGGUACUUCCUGGAAAUUGUUUUCUGCAAGCGGAAGUGGGAGGAGGACAGAGAAACCGUCUUCAGUGGGCUGAACCGUCUCCGAGAUUACCCAGAAUACAUGUGGUUCCUGCUGUACUGUGAAGGAACGAGAUUUACGGAAAAGAAACAUCAGAUAAGCAUGCAGGUGGCUGAGAGUAAGGGCCUUCCAAAACUGAAGUACCACCUGCUGCCCCGCACCAAAGGAUUCACCACUACACUGCAAUGCCUCAAGGGAACAGUGAAAGCUGUGUACGAUGUCACGCUGAACUUCAAAGACAAGCAGAACCCGACCCUGCUGGGCAUCGUUAAUGGGAAGAAAUACAAAGCAGACCUGAGCAUCAGGCGCUUUCCUGUGGAGGAGAUUCCUGAUGAUGAGAAGGAGUGUGCUGACUGGUUACACAAGCUCUACCAAGAGAAGGAUGCGUUACAAGAACACUAUGAGAAGGAAGGCUGUUUCCCCGGCCCCACCAUCAAAACCAAACGUCGAGUUUGGACACUUCUGAACUUCCUGUUUUGGGCUACUCUCCUGCUUUCUCCGCUUAUUAACUUUGCCUGGGAUGUCUUUGUCAGCGGUUCUCCCCUCCUCAUCAUUGGCUUUAUGAUCUUCCUCAUUGUUGCUUCUGUAGCAGUCCGUCGGCUCAUCGGUGUAACCGAAGUGAAGAAGACAGGAUCCAGCUAUGGCAACACAGAGGCCAAGAAGGAGAACUAAACAUUUUCACCGUGUGGCCACUGUAACGCUCACCCUGCAGUCCAGCCUCAGGCACAGAGCUGCCCUGUGUGCAGUCAUCCUUCUUUUUAAAAAAAAAAAAAAGUAAUAAAAAAAAACGAAUUAAAUAAUAAAAUCUCAGCAUUGGGAGGUAUAUAGGGAUAUAACUGUAGAUUUAACUUAAUACGCUAGUCUAUAAACAUUAUGAUCAUUUUUAUGAACCAACUAAAUGGGAAAUAGAGGAGAAACACUCGUCAGCUGCGGAUCGAUGACGAAACGCUCGUCUUCUCCGGCGGAGAAAGAUGAGAUGAACCAGAGAGACCAACUGCUGGUACUAAUCACCCUAUCAGUGACUUGUCCCUCCUGUUUAGCCCCGCCCUUUAAUACGAUAAGACCCGCCCUUUCCCCCAAACAAGCCCACUUCUUGUCAUAGUUCUCCAUUAAUAUUUAUCAUCUCCAGAAGUGCUUUGUAACACUUCCUUCACUGCAUCUACAAUUUCAGUAGUUGUUUCUUCACAACGUUCCUCUUUGGAUCUUCACCCAAAACCACACGGAGUCACUCGGACUGAUUUUCUGCGAUCAGAAUUUCACGUCAUGGGUCGGCAGAGCGUGCUGCGUUUGAGGAAGACAAACAGCCCAGCCAAUCAGCAAUGAUGGUCACCACACGGCCCCUACCCAACAAAUGAACUGUUGUAGAUCUUUGGUCUGUCGCAGCUGGAGUGACUUUGGCGAAAACUGUUCAAUGUGACCAACUUGAUGGUAAUAGAUAUGGACUGAGCAAGGAAAAGCAUGUUUUCUGUGACUUCUGUACUCCCAUUUUUUGAGACCUUUUCACAAUGGUGUCUUAACCCACUGCGUCACCAUUGUAUUACUGGCUAUGCUGAAUAAGCGAUAAAUGUUUUCUACCAAUGUACUCCAAUUCACCUAGAGCAUCUCUUUAGUUAGUGAGCAGUUUUGUCAAAAAAUUGAAGGCCCAUGGACCAUGAUUCAGUUGCCCAAUCUCUCUAGCCAUGUGUAACUUAGGAAAUACAGGGGAUGAAGAGUGAGAGUGUGCGAGUAGCUGAAUGACCAAGAAGAAAAUGAGUUCUAUCAAUAAAAAAAAAAAGAGUGUUAACUAAUGACACUAAUGGUUUGUAAAUAAACUCUAGAAGUUUCUUCUUGACUCAAAUCCACCUGAAUUCGCAGUACCUUUAUGGUUUUACACUUCAUUUAAAUUUGUCUCUCUUUUUGUCACCCAUUGUUUUCAAUGUGCAACUUGGUACUUUUUCAUGGCUAAACAGGAAACCAAUCGUGCAAGCCUUAACGGAACAGAUCAGUGCAGCUUUGUUUGGUGUGCGCUUGGACAGUCCAGUGUGGUUGUGAUUCUCAUAUAUUGUGCAGGUUUGCUGACCCUCAAAUCAUGUGUAGAUCACAGAUAGUGUUCGUCUAAAAGAGCUUCAGAUGCAGUGACGUGGGUUUGGAAGAUCUGCAUGAAACGAGUGUAGCAGGUGUGAGGUUUGUAAUUUAGGUCAAAGACCUAAUUCAUUAAACUAAAAUAUUAUUGUACAAGGUUUACUUUUUACCAUAACCUGGUUUGAAGGAAUAAUGAGUUUAAUAUAUUUUUAUUUUCACAAGUUAUUUCUGAGAGACUGAAUUUAUUAAUUUCACAAAAAGCAGUGAUUCCCAUAGCAACGUUUUUAUUUUUAUGAGAUGAUACUGCUGAAAGAAAAAUAAUCCAUGUAAUGUAUGGGUGACGUUUCAGAGUACGCUUGCUGAUCUGGGAUUGUAGAUAAGACCACUACAAACAGGGUAGGACUCUGAGCCAAGAUCAGUGCUACUGUAGUACUCUGAUGCUGUUAUGAGUGAUACCUGAUCUGAGGCUUGAAUUAUGUUAUGAGUGAUACCUGAUCUUGUAAUAAAUGUUGCUACUGUAAACUGAAGUAUAGGACUGACAAGAUUGAGUUAUUAGAGCACAGACUAAGUGGUGGGCUUUGGAACAGAUGCUAAAUAUUAUUGAGUGUUUCUGACUUGCUUUCAAAUCC